UACAACCUAUAUAACGCAAAAAAUAGUAUAAUGGAUCUCAUUACUUGCGUGUUCAUAUUGUAAUUAUAACGCUACGAUAGCUGUUCGAUUAUAAAAGCUUAGGUCCUUGAAACUGUGGGAUUAUUUACCAAUAUAUCUCGGAUUCGGACUAGAUUGAUAGUUCAUAACAUUAAAUCUUUCAAGUGAGACGGAUACAGGCUUCCGAUGGCACUGACUUUGAUUACUCUUUACGGCUUCGGCGUAGUAUUGUGCGUUUGGUUCGUCGACGGUAAAUACAAGAUAAUAAAUUCCAAUCACUCAGAUGACGUCAUAAACGUGCUACCGUGUUUGGGCAAAAACGCCUAUGAGCUUACAGUAUUUCUAGCUGAGGAAUUAACAUGGCCAGAGGCACAGUUCUCGUGCUUGACUAGGGGCAAUAACAAAGGUAUAUUUUCCCAGCCAGUGGAUUAUAUGAAGUGGACGACCGUCGGACAUGAAUUACUAAGCAGUAACGUAAACGGAAACGAUGCAAACAUGACGUUCUGGCACGGAACGUUCCGCCCAUUUCCGAACACGGACGCCUGGUACUUUUACGAUGCUACUUCCGGCACCUGCACUCAAACAGACGGACCGGGGAUUUUCUCGCAAUCCAGUCAAUGUGCAGUGGCAUCUUGGCCGAAUCUGGCGGCGUCUCUGCAACCGGAAGUUCUUGCGGAGGACUGCAACACGAGACUCCCGUACAUUUGCCACAACUAUGAAAGUCUUGUUCAUUUAAAUAUCUUUGUGGACUACCGGUACAUCCCGUCUGCCGACUUGAUUGGACUCUCGCAGCAGACAAAUUUUACCGCGCAAACCUUAGAGAACUGCUUAGAACAGUGUUCUGAGAUUAGCAAAUGCGUGUCGGUAGAGUUUAACGAAACUGGCGCAAUAUGUACCCACAACGUGAUCGAGAGGACGGAUGGAUCGGUAUCGUACAAUAUAACUCGUAUGCCAGUUAGUUCCGGUAUCAUUCACGGUAUAAAGUCCGGUUGCAGCGUGACGGUGGUCACCGCUCCCCCUAACGUCAACGUCCUGUCCAAUACGAGAGACGUUCCGACCUGCGGUCUCUCAUCCAUACCUGAUGACUGCUGCACUUGCGACGCUGACGUUGUUCCGACAGAAGGAACAAUACCAUACGAUCCAACCGACGAUAUGGCAGCGGUUAUAGAAGCAAUCGUGCGUAACUUGACAGUUCCCGCAAAAUCUACCACAAAGUAUCAACAGCGUCUGGUAAGCAGGCCCGACGGCCGACGGUCGUCGGCAAUCUACGGAGUCACCGCCGGUGUCGUCAUAGCGGUCAGUGUCGCGCUUUUUGUUGUGUCCGACGUGGUGAACGUAUUCUGGGGCCAAGGUCAAUCUUUUCCUCGGAAAAGAAAGCGCAGAAGUUCCCGCGGAAAUUCCAUUACAACGGCGGCGUGUGGGACGCAAAGACCGCCGUCACAGCGAAGGGAUACGGAAACAACACUGCGUCUAGAAAAUCUCGAAUUGCGCGAGAUUGAAUGAAGCGGUUUCUUUCACAGAUAGGACAAAAAAAUGAAGAAAUAUAUUAUAAUUACUCUAGGAAAAAAUAUAUGAUAAAAGUAAUUGUAAGUGUCUACACCAUUUCUAUUGUUUUUUAAAGAACAAGUCACUUGAUUUAAAAAAAAAUGCUAUCGAACAUAGCAAAAUACGCGUUAAGCAAUUUAGACAUUUAAAUAGAUUUAUUCGAAGAUGGAUUGACAUAAAAUUAAACCGCAUUACAUCCAUUAGCAAAUUGAUAAUGUAAUCGGAUUAAAAAGGGAACGUCAAGAUUGAAUGGGUUUACCGUAAUUGUCUCCAACUAUUAGAUGCAGCGAUCGAAGUCUUACUUCAGCGCUGUUCAUGCAGCAAUAUGUGAAUGUUUAAAAAGCCUUACCAUGUGAAAGAAAACAAGACUAAUUAUUUUGUUCAACAUGCCUAUUUCUGUUAUACCUAAUGAUACAAUAUGACCUUUCUGCAGUGAAAUAACAGCAGUGAAAAUAAACACAUUGUUAUUUUAACCGGUGAAAAUAACACAUUUUCACCGGUGAAAAUAACACAUUUUCGGAACUACGUUUUCUAUUUUUAGAUUAUCAUAUCAAGAUUUAAUUCAACAUUAAUAUAUUUUUUAUGAUCACGAGUGAAUUAAAAACGAUAUUCCAUUGAAUCCAACAAAUUUCUUUUUUAGUUUUAUGCUUUUUUCACCGUUUAUUUAUAUUGUAACAAAGUUUAACUGGAGAAUUUCGCUGGU